GUUAGGAGCCCCAGGGAGCUGACUCCGAACCACCACCCACCCGACCCGAAUACCAUUUCCUGACCGCAAAAUCCCGAGCUGAUCAUCACUCAGCUUAGAUUAUCCGAAUCUCUUUCUCUGCAAAACCUCCGUUGCUAUUUAUUCUAUAGAGCUCAGGAUCCAGACUGCUGAGCUUGAAUUGUUAAAUUUAUCUGGUCCGUUUGCAGCUGAUGUGGACAAAUGUAUUUAAGAUUGGAGGUUUACAUCAGAUAUCGUGGUUUCAGUUUCUGCCAAAUGAAUUUGAUCCUAGCUCCUUGUCUGACAAAAGUGUGAAGGUCGACGCCAGAGAUGCUGCAACAUCUGUGGUGCUGUCAUCACACCUACAGUUGCAGAAGGAGGGAUUUCUUAGUACAUGGACCAAUUCUUUUGUUGGACCAUGGGAUCCGUCCCAGGGUUUGCACAAUCCUGAUGAGAAGAUCAAGCUGUGGCUUUUCCUCCCCGGGAAUCAUUCAUCUGUUGUUGAGAAGGCUCAACCUACUGUAUCCAAAUUGAGAGUGCUUGCAUCAGGACUUUGGGUGGCUCCUGGGGACUCAGAAGAGGUUGCAGCUGCAUUGUCUCAAGCCUUAAGGAACUGUGUAGAAAGGGCACUUAAAGGAUUUUCCUUCAUGAGAUUUGGGGAUGUAUUCUCGAGAUAUCAUCCAUCUUCACAGAGUGAAGAACUUUACAGGAAAGGUCAGCCAGUGGUUGAAUUCAUCUUUGCUGCCACAGAGGAAGCAAUUUUUGUGCAUGCUGUAAUAUCUGCAAAACAUAUACGGGCACUUUCAAGUGGUGAUAUUGAAAUGACAUUGAAGCAUUCCACUGAUCAUUUUAGCAAUAGGCUUCCAGUUGUGAUCUCCCCUCAUGGAAUGCUUGGGAGGCUCACUGGGUGUUGUCCAAGUGAUCUUGUGAAGCAAGUCUAUUUCAGUUCUGUCAAGCUUAAAGCAUCAAAUGAAGUUGUAGGUCUUCCAUAUCAUGCUUUGCAUGGCUCUGGUUGUCAUCUGAGAGGUCAAAAUUGCUAUGCUGAAAUUACCCUUGGUGGUCCUAUUGGUGGAAAUGACAAGAUACUGGCACAAAAUUCAGGCUUGCAUAAGAAUUUGUCUAGGCAUAAUUUGACAGAAUCCAUGCCAGAGACGAAGGUCAAUCAAAAAGGGCCACUAGAGCCUUCAAGAGUAUUUAUAUAUCCUGCUGAAGCUGUACUUGUUCCGGUGAUGCAAACAUCAUUAGCGAGGUCUUGUCUUAAGAGAUUCUGGCUACAAAACUGGAUAGGGCCAUCAUUGUUUGCCUCAUCCUUCUUUAUGCACAGUAGUGAUUGUAAAGCCGAUUCAAAAGAUGGUUCUCGGCUGGAGUCAAACAGCCUUCGCUCUCAGCAUGGUUAUCACAGUAGCAGCAGCAGUAACAAUAGCAGUAUCAGCAGUAUUAGUAGUUCAUCCAGUGAUAGUGAUUACCGAACUUCUGGAGCUGGCGAUCUUGAGGCUGAUGCUGAUUCUUUGACAUGUAGACAGUCUGGUUUAUCUUCCAUUGACCAGUCACAUGACAUUCUCAAGCUGGGCUCUAAGCGAGUGCAUUCUGGGAUGUCUGAGUCAUUUAAUCAAGCAGGUGCAGUUAUAAACCCAUCUACAAGUGAUUAUGGCUCAAUAGAAGUUAAUAACUCGGCCAUUAUUGGAGGUUCAAAUCAUCCUGUUGGAUGGGGUUGGGAUGAUGAUGACAGAGGUAUGGGCAUGGAUAUUCAAGCACUUCUGUCAGAGUUUGGAGAUUUUGGUGACUUAUUUGAGGAUGAUGUCUUGCCUUUUGGGGAGCCUCCGGGAACUGCAGAGUCACAAGCUGUUGUAAUUUCAGCACAAGAUUGUGGAGAUUUUGGCAGUAGCCCUAGUACAUCAAUGAUGGAUGUCUCAGACCAGAUGCUUUUGCCAGUAGGUUUUCCCUCAUUUGAAAGUUUUCACUCACCACCAGUUCCCGUUGCCAUGGAUGAUUCUCUGACCCAAAAUCAGGAUCUAACAAAGACUGUCAGUGUUCCGGGUAAAGUUAACUGUCCUCCAGCAUCUACAAGUGGUGAAUUUGACCAUGUAGUAAAAGCUGAAGCCUUAAUGACAUUUGCUCCAGAAUAUGGAGCAGUUGAAACCCCUUCUGUUGAGGUCACUUCAUCAAUCUUCAGAAGCCCAUACCUUCCCAAAUCACGGAAAACAGAGACUGAGAAUUCAUGCUCAAACAAAUAUGUAUACUCAGCAACACCUCCUUCUCCUUGUGUUGAUGACUCUGAUGAGAAGUCUGGUAUCACUGUAAACAUGAAAAUAUGUUCUGGGAGACAAGACAAGAUUGCGGUUCCCCAAUCAAAGAAAUAUUACACUCAUAUUGAUGGUGGAAUUCACAAAUCUAAUGGCAUGUCAUCAACUUGUGAUGAUGGCACAGCAGCGCAUGAACCUGUAACAAUGUCAUCCUCUUUGGGGCUCAAUUCCCUAAAUGCUGUUAAAUCCGUCUCAAGCAAAGGAAGUGAUGGUUCAUUAAGAGUGGAGAGUUUUGUUCCAUCUUUGAAGCCUAUGCUUGCAACAGAAUUAGAAUGUCUCAUGUGUCAGGCUUUUAUGUGCAGGAUAAGACAUACACUAUUAUCUUCUAGGUGUCACUUGCCAGUCGGCUUGAAUAGGCUGUCUGCGGUUAAUAUUCUGAAUCAGCCACAUGUUGAUUCAAGCAUACUGUCAGACAAUCUUUCAAGUAAAUCUGAGGUGAAGAAGAAAGAGACUAUACCAGUAAGAAUUGCUGGUGACAUGGAUGCAGUAUUGCUAGAUGGGAAUCUUAGUGCACCUGUUGGUGUUUGGCGCCCUGUUACUAAAGGUGCAAAAUCUACCACCCAUCCUAUGGAGCUCUGCCCAUCUAUUCCUCAAAAUUCAUUUGUUGAGGAAAACCUUCUAUCUUAUGGACUGAGGCAACCACUUCAAGAACUUCUUGAUGGCUUGGCCUUACUAGUUCAACAAGCUACUUCAUUUGUUGAUGUGGCACUUGAUUCUGAUUGUGGAGAUGGUGUUCAUGGUUGGCUUGCCUUGCAAGAGCAGUUGAGGCGCGGAUUUUCUUGUGGACCGUCUAUGGUUCAUGCAGGUUGUGGGGGAGUUUUAUCUUCGUGCCAUUCAGUGGAUAUUGCUGGAGUGGAGCUAGUCGAUCCACUUUCAGUUGAUGUUCAGCCAUCUUUUACGAUUAGUCUGCUGCAAUCAGACAUAAAAGCAGCUCUCAAAACUGCUUUUGGCACUUUGGACGGUCCACUAUUUGUAUCUGACUGGUGCAAAGGUCGCAGUCUGUCCUGUGAAGCCGGAUCAAUGUGUGAUGAAUUCUAUGCCGAAUCAACAGCUAGUGCCAGUGAAUGUCAAGAUUCUUCAAAUGGGGCUAGAGCAGAGGAGGCAAGUGAUAGGAAAUCACUCCAAGAAGCUUGUUUAUCAGAGUCAGAGCAGCAAGCAGGCUCAAAGCUCAGGCCAACAUUGGCUGUAGUUCCAUUUCCUGCUAUACUUGUUGGGUACCAAGACGAUUGGCUUAAGACAUCUGCCAGCUCUCUGCAACUCUGGGAAAAGGCGCCGCUUGAACCAUAUGCUACACAGAAACAUAUGACAUACCAUGUUGUAUGUCCAGAUAUUGAACCCCUCACCACAGCAGCUGCUGAUUUCUUUCAACAACUUGGAACUGUGUAUGAAACUUGCAAUUUGGGAACUCAUUCACCUCAAAAUUUCGGAAGUGAAAUGGAUCUAGAUUCUGGGAAGUCUUCGUGUUCUGGUUUUGUUGUACUUGAUUGUCCUCAAUCAAUGAAGAUUGAUAGCAGUAGUGCAUCUAUUCUGGGUUCGAUCAGUGACUAUUUCCUCUCCCUGUCAAAUGGUUGGGAUUUGGCGAGCUAUUUGAAGUCUCUUUCAAAAGUUCUUAAAACUUUAAAUCUCAGUUCAUGCAUGACCACAAGCACAAAAGAAGGGAAUAGUGGUCCAUACACACAGGUAGUCUAUGUAGUCUGUCCCUUCCCAGAGCCUCUUGCAAUUCUACGGACUGUAGUUGAAUCUUCAAUUGCAGUUGGCUCUUCUGUUCUUUCUUCAGAUAAGGAGAAAAGAUCGAUGAUGCACAAUCAAGUUGGAAAGGCCUUAAAUCAUUCAGCAGCUGUGGACGAAACACUAUCCAAUGUCUUGACUAUUUCAGGAUUUAGUAUUCCUAAAUUGGUGUUGCAGAUUGUAACAGUGGAUGCCAUUUUUAGGGUAACAAAUCCACCUCUUAAUGAGCUUGUUGUUCUGAAGGAAAUUGCUUUUACAGUUUACAAUAAGGCCCGAAGGGUUUUACGAGGAAGCAAUUGUGAUGUGGUUCCAUCUAGUACAUCCUUGUCUGGUAGAUCUCAUUCAGUCUUAAUGCAAAUGGCUUCACCAUUAACUGGGAUGUGGAAAGAUUGUGUUGGUCCUCGACUAGCAGCAUCUUCCCUCCAGAGAGAAAGUGAUCUUGAUGCUAGCUUGAGGUCCAGUACUUGGGAAAAUUCCUGGCAAACGAGGUCUGGGGCACUCGGAUGUGAUCCAAAUAGAGGUGGCGAUUUUCUUAUUCAAGAUGAGAGCCGUUGCAUGUUUGAGCCACUUUUUAUUCUUGCUGACCCGGGAUCUUUAGAACGUGGAGUGACUCCUCCUGUUUUUGGGAAUCCAGCUUCAGAAUCUUCAAAGGUUUUGGCAGAUGAUGGUACAAGUGGAAGCUUAAUGCAAAGUUCUGCUUCUUCGGGAAGUGGAGAUACUGGACCAAGCUCUCAGCACGAUUCAUCAGAGUCAGAUGGAUUUGGAUCUGGCAACCAAAAGACACUCCCGAGCUUGCAUUGCUGCUAUGGCUGGACUGAAGAUUGGCGUUGGUUGGUGUGUAUAUGGACAGACUCUAGGGGGGAAUUGCUUGACAGCUACAUAUAUCCCUUUGGAGGAAUCAGUAGCAGGCAGGAUACAAAGGGUCUGCAGUCUCUUUUUAUCCAAAUUCUGCAACAAGGUUGUCAAAUACUUCAGUCUUGUUCUGCAGAUGCUGGCAAACCAAGAGAUUUUGUUAUUGCACGUAUUGGAUGCUUCUUUGAGCUUGAAUGCCAAGAGUGGCAGAAAGCUCUAUAUGCAAUUGGUGGUUCAGAGGUGAAGAAGUGGUCUCUGCAGCUUAGACGUUCUGUUCCUGACGGGAUGCCUACCAAUAGUAAUGGAACUUCAAUGCAGCAACAAGAAAUGACUUUAUUACAAGAGAGAACACUUCCAUCUUCGCCUAGUCCUCUGUACAGUCCUCACUCAAAGUCUUCGACAUUCAUGAAAAGUGGUUUGGGACAACCUUCAAACAGAAAGCAACUGAUGGGAGGAGUGGAUAGCUCGAGAGGUUUGCUUCAGUGGGUGCAAAGUAUCAGUUUUAUCUCACUAUCAGUUGACCAUUCUCUACAGCUGGUCUUCCAGGCAGAUUCAUUAGCUUCUGGGUCAACUCAGAGCAAUGGUUUUCUAAACCAGCCAAGUUAUCUUGAAGGAUAUACUCCCGUAAGAUCCCUUGGUUUGACAUCUGCUUCCUAUGUUCUAAUUCCGUCACCCAGCAUACGUUUUCUCCCUCCUGCACCUCUUCAGCUCCCUACAUGCCUUACCGCUGAGUCCCCACCCCUAGCUCACCUUCUACACAGUAAAGGCUCUGCUAUUCCCCUUUGUACUGGUUUUGUGGUUUCAAAAGCUGUUCCGUCAAUGAGGAAAGAUUCUAGGAGCAUCUCGAAAGAAGAAUGGCCUUCUAUACUUUCCGUGAGUCUUGUUGAUUAUUAUGGAGGUAAUAACAUGGCCCAAGAUAAAAUUGUGAAGGGCAUGGGGAAAUUGGGAGGAAGGGGCUUAAGUUCAGAAGCUAGGGAAUUUGAAUUAGAGACUCAUCUAGUUCUCGAGUCUGUGGCAGCAGAACUUCAUGCUUUAUCAUGGAUGACCGUAAGUCCUGCAUACUUGGAAAGGAGAUCUGCAUUGCCAUUUCACUGCGACAUGGUUCUGAGACUUAGAAGGCUUCUUCACUUUGCUGAUAAGGAGUUAUCUCGACAGCCAGAGGAGUCACCGUCAUAGAAUCGAAGAGUUUUGGAUUACUGAGGUAUUUCCCAUGGUAACAUUCAGUUGUUUUCUAUUUGCUUGUGUCAAACUCAUAAUCCAUUUAGUGUUAAGAUGUGGCUUUUGCACAUAUGUUUGAAGCCUGUUAAGUAGUAGGUUUAUUCUUUCGCAUUUCUGAUGGUAGAGCAGACGGUCGGGUUAGAAAAAUUAGCUUUCAGUGUAAUACUAGGAGAGCAGAUGACAAACUUUGUAUAUAGUAUUUGGGACGACUGCAUUAGAAUUGUUCUUUUUGGUAGAUUUUAUAUUGAAUGUAUAAUGUCAUUGUGAAUUGUUUUCCUGCGUUCGAGCAAGAUUUUGUCUUCAUUUUAGCUGUUAUACAAUACUCUUCAGAGAGGAGUACCAGAUAUUCUGUUGUACAUGGAUAACUAUCCAGUAAGAAAACAAAGAAAAAAUCUAAAUAAUAUAAUGAUUCAUCUCAUUUUUUA